UCUCAGCAGGGCCGUUGCAGCCUCGUGGGGCACAGGGCGGCCCGGGAGAUGGUGGAAGGACCGGGCUGUACUCUCAAUGGAGAGAAGAUUCGGGCGCGAGUGCGCCCGGGCCAGGCGGUGACGGACAUGCGGGGCCGAGCGCUGCAGAGCCCGGGGGGACCCGGCUCGCCGCCCGCGGCCUCUGGGGCUGCGGGCUCCUCACAGGCCGCUGCACUGAAUAAUAAUAAAGAUUCCAGCCAGAAUUUCUUGAGACUGUUUAAUGGACACAUUUACAGUGGCGUGGAAACUUUGGGGAAGGAGCUCUUUAUGUACUUCGGGCCAAAAGCUUUACGGAUUCAUUUUGGAAUGAAAGGCUCCCUCGUGAUUAAUCCAGUUAAGUCUAAAAAUAAAAAUGGACUUUCUCCUGUUUUUGAAGUACAGCUCACCAAAGACCUGAUUUGUUUCUUUGACUCAUCGGUAGAAAUCAGAAACUCGGCAGAAAGCCAACAGAGAAUAAGAAUGAUGGAAGAAUUAGAUGUAUGUUCACCUAACUUUAGUUUCUCAAGAGCAGAAAGUGAAGUGAAAAAGCAGAGAGGACGGAUGCUAUGUGACGUGUUACUGGAUCAGAAAGUGUUGCCCGGGGUGGGAAACAUCAUCAAAAAUGAAGCUCUCUUUGACAGUGGUCUCCACCCUGCUGUUAAAGUUUGUCAGUUAACAGAUGAACAGACACAUCACCUCGUGAAAAUGAUACGUGAUUUCAGCCUUCUUUUUUACAGGUGCCACAAAGCAGGAUCUGCUGUCUCCAACCACUAUAAGGUUUACAAGCGUCCUAAUUGUGGUCAAUGCUGCUGCAAAAUAAUUGUGUGUCGCUUAGGGGAGAAUAAGAGAAUGACAUAUUUCUGUCCCCACUGUCAGAAGGAAAAUCCUCAACAUGUUGACAUAUGCUUGCGAGGUGUUGGUUCUCAGGCCAGAGGUCGGGACCAAGCUGCUGUGGUGGAAGCUCCAAGUCCAAACCACUGGACUAACAGAGAACCUCAGACCCCAGGGAAUAUUAAUCGGAGUAAGGCCUCCCGGAGGUCCUCAUCUCAGCACCAAGACCUGGAUCUAUCCAACUGCCUGCAUACUCCAAUGCUGGACGUCUCAGGCCAAACAACCAGUAAGACGGGAAUACAGCACCACCUAUCAAAAAGAGGAAACAAACCAAAGAAAAAGAUGAAACCACGGAAACAUAUGUUACAAAUGAAGGAGCAAGGUAAAAACCUACAAGACCAAAUAAAUGAAGACGAAAUAGGCAACCUAUCUGAAAAAGAGUUCAGAGUAGUGCUAGUAAAGAUGCUCCAAAAUCUGGGAAACAAACUGGAGAAACUGCAAGAAACACUUACCAAGAAUCUAGAAGAAGUAAAGAGCAAACAAACGGUGAUGAACAACACAAUUACUGAAAUGAAAAAUAUUCUAGAAGGAACCAAUAGCAGAAUAACUGAGGCAGAAGAACAGAUAAGUGAGCUAGAAGAUAAAACGGUGGAAAUAACUGCCAGAAAGCAGAAAAGAAAAAACAAAAGAAUUGAAGACAGUCUCAAGAGACCUCUGGGACAACAUUAAACAAACCAACAUUCGAAUUAUAGUGGUCCCAGAAGAAGAGAAAAAAAGGGGGUUGAGAAAAUAUUUGAAGAGAUUAUAGUCAAAAACUUCCCUAACAUCGGAAAGGAAAUAGUCAAUCAAGUCCAGGAAACACAGAGAGUACCAUAUGGGAUAAACCCAAAGAGAAACACACCGAGAAUUAUUAAUGAAACUAUCAAAAAUUAAAUACAAAGAAAAAAUAUUGAAAGCAGCAAGGAAGAAGCAGCAAAUAACAUACAAACUAUUAGAGCUAAUCAAUGAAUUUGGUAGAGUAGCAGGAUACAAAAUUAAUGCACAGAAAUCUCCUGCAUUCCUAUACACUAAUCAUUAAAAAUCUGAAAGAGAAAUUAAGGAAACACUCCCACUUACCAUUGCAACAAAAAGAGUAAAAUACCUAGGAAUAAACCUACUUAAG